AUGAGCGGUACUGUGGAGAAGUUGAGUGGUAAUUUUACGAUUGACUCGAUUUUGGAGAAAAAUAUGGGGAAUUUGGAGAGGGAAAGGUAAGUGGAGUUUUUGGCUAUACGAUAGAACCUCUGCACAGCAAAUCGCAAGAAAAAUAAAAACUAUUCGUUAUAGAGGAGUUUCGUUGUACGGAGAUUCGUUUUUACCAAAGAUUGACUUUUACCGCUGAAGUUGUUCGUUAUAGCGAGGUUUUGUAAUGCAAAAGUUUUUUGUGGAGAUUGCACCGUAUUUUCAUGGUAUAAGUUUGUCGGGAAAAUAAUACUCUCCUCUUUUUUGAACACUCCCCCUCGUUUUGAAAAUUGAAAAAACGAGGUGUGACAUGUUAUACGAAGAAAGUUUUUUCAAAUUGAGAAAAAUUGGGUGUGACAUCUUAAUUUUCAAAAAAAAAUUGCAUCGUAUAACAUGUCACACCAUAUUUUUUUCAAUUUGAAAAAAAAUUGCAUCGUAUAACAUGUCACGCCUUAUUCUUUUCAAUUUGUUAAAAUUUCCAUCGUAUAACAUGUCACACCUAAUUUUUCUCAAAUUGAAAAAAUUUUUCAUCGUGUAACAUGUCACCCCUCAUUUUUUCAAUUUGAAAAAAAUUCUUCAUCGUAUAACAUGUCACACCUAAUUUUUCUCAAAUUGAAAAAUUUCCAUCAUGUAACAUGUCCCUCCUCAUUUUUUUCAAUUUGAAAAAAAAUCUUCAUCGUAUAACAUGUGACAUCUAAUUUUUCUCAAUUUGAAAAGAAUUUCCAUCGUAUAACAUGUCACACCUCGUUUUUUUCAGUUUUCAAAAUGGGGGAGAGUUCAGGCUCAACCUUCUUUUUCAUCCAAAAAACCUCUACAUAUUUUCAUACUACAUAUUAUAUUUCCCUGCAAUUCUUUCAGUGCCUCCCCCUCUUCCGACCUGCUCAAAUCACAACGUCGCCGCUCCACCUUCACAGCCCUUCAAGUCCACAUUUUGGAAGCCGAGUUCUUCCAGCAUCGCUAUGUUUCCCCGGAACGUCGCGCUUUCCUCGCCAGUCUACUGAAUUUGAGCCAACAACAGGUGAAGAUUUGGUUCCAAAACCGCCGUUAUAAGACAAAAACCAAGCCGGAGGGUAAAGCUCGAGGAACGGAGCAGUACAUGGCCAAUCUACAGGCCAUUUGGAUGGCUCAACAAAGGUGA